CAGAGAAACCCUAUCCCUAUUUGAAACCCCAUAUAUCCAAUCCAAUUCCCCCAAUUUCUAUACAAUGCAUGACAAUAACCGUUUUAACUGUCACUCCAUUUGGAACCCCCUUCCUCUCUUCCCUCUCGCGCCAUUCUUAGCUCUUCACCAUGGCCUUUCAUUUCUCUUCUUCUUCUCCUUCUUCGCUUCAAUCCCACAAUUUUCUUUUCCUUCUUCACCCCUCUAUUGCAUCCCCAUUGUCAUUUCUUAAUGGGUCACUGAAAUCAGCAGCUUGGACUUCCCCAAAGAGGAAAUCUUUCGGUCUCACCUGUCGAUCCAGCAUCAAUGACGACGAGGAUUAUUUGCUGGAUGCUCCUGUUUCAAUUGGGGAUGGAUUUUCUUUCAGUGGAGGGAAGUACUCAGACGGGCCGAAUCCAGCAGAUGAAUGGGUCAGCAGAGGAAAGAUUAUUCCAUUCCUUAUGUUGCAGGCAUAUUCUUAUCGCAAAGUUCUUCCUGUACUCUCCAAGGACUAUCAUGCCAUUGGUUUUGAUUGGCUAGGCUUUGGAUUUUCAGAUAAGCCCCAACCUGGAUAUGGAUUUGACUACACUUUGGCUGAAUAUGUCUCAUCCUUGGAAUCUUUUCUUAAUGAACUUGGUACCAACAAGGUCUCUCUCGUUGCACAGGGAUAUUUUUCUCCAGUUGUCGUAAAAUAUGCUAGCAGUCAUCAGGACAAGCUCAACAAUCUUAUACUCCUCAAUCCUCCACUAACAGCGAAACAUGCCAACCUGCCAUCAACAUUGUCCAUAUUCAGCAACUUUUUGUUGGGUGAAAUAUUUUCCCAGGAUCCUCUGAGGGCCAGUGAUAAAGCCUUGACAAGCUGUGGUCCUUACAAAAUGAAAGAAGCUGAUGCAAUGGUUUAUAGAAGACCUUACCUCACAUCUGGUUCCUCAGGGUUUGCAUUGAAUGCGAUCAGUAGGGCAAUGAAGAAGGAACUUGAGACCUAUGUUGAAGAAAUGAGGAAGAUACUUAUGGACAAAAAUUGGGGAGUUCCAACCACAAUAUGUUGGGGCCAAAGAGACCGCUGGUUAACCUAUGAUGGAGUCGAAGAUUUCUGUGAAAUUUCAAAGCAUAGACUCAUCGAACUUCCUAUGGCAGGGCAUCAUGUACAGGAGGAUUGUGGUGAAGAGCUCGGACAAAUCAUAGCUGGAAUCAUUAGGAAAAGGACUAGAUUUUGAUGUUGCUUAGUAAUUGUUUGUGGCUGGCUUCAGAUCAUUCAUGUGUGUCAUUUGUGCCCCGUGAAUCUUCGCACUUAUUUGCGGGUCUUUCCCCUUUUAUAUUUGUUGACCGUCUUUGAAUUGUGUUUUUUAGAUUUGUUCUAUGUUUGUGAUUGUAUGUUGGUCUUUGAAAAUUCUUUGAAAGUUUAAUUUUCCGUUAGAUGUAAUUCUCAGUAUAUUUGUAAUUUGAGUAAUGAUUCAUCC